AUAGUAGAAAGUUAUAGUUCCUAUUUAAUAUAUAAUUCCUUUUUGUUAGCUAAUGUAACACAAACCCAAUAAUAGACCUUCAUUUGAAAAAAAACAAAAAUAUAGUUGGCAUAUUAUAAAUAAUUUGUUAGGAACAACAACACUUUUAGAAUUUAUACAAAUUAGUUUUAUUUAUCAAAGAGAAAACAAAAUUGGAUUCCCAUUUCAUGUAUGUGUUUCAUAAAAUAUGCACUUUGCAUCAUGAAAUUAUUGUUUUGGAACAUAAGGAAGAUAAGUAAUGUUGGGAAAUAAUAGUACAAACAAUAGCAUCAAGUGGUAUUGUCUGUUUUAUUGUCUUUCUACACUUUUAUAUGAUGACAUACAUCUAAUCUUGACACUUGUUAUCGAUUAUAGAAAUUCCCAACUUGCAAAUUGCAAUAUUUUCUCUAUUCAUUGAUGUUAAUUUUGUGCUUUUGCCACGAAGAAAAAAAUUGAUGUUAACUUGUGCUUAAUCCUCUUGGCUUUGCAUUCACCGACCUCAUUAUUAUCUUCUAGAAUAAUAAUUGAGUUUUAAAAAUAACUUUCUCAAAUAUUAUUAGUGAAAAUGUUGAAUGUUGUAAAAAAAUAUGAUUAGCAAAACUUAUAGGCAAACUUAUUCAUAAGCUAAGUUAAAACGUAUAGGCGGCUAAGUAACAAAACCACUGUUAUUAUUUCCUGUAAAUAUUUUAAAAUCAAAUAUUUCAUCCUCAACGAUUACCCAAAAAAAAAAAAAAAAAAGAUUUUAAUCACUAAUAUCAUAUCUUAAUAUUUGUUAUUGUUUAUACAAAUAAGAAAAUUAUAAAACUCUUUUACUAGUGAUACUUAAUUUUCUACAUGAAAAUAUAUAAUCAAAUUUAUAUACCCUAAGGAUAAAAUAAAUAUGAUAAUAAAAAAAAUGAAAUUAUCACUAACUUUUUAUCUUAUGUGCAUUGUUGGAUGUGUUUCAUUGAAUGAUUCAAGAUGAUUUGUUAAAGAAACUUUAUUAGAUAUUUUGGUUUAUAGAACACUCUCAUUAUUUUUGUAAAAUGUUAAAAACAAUACUAAAUUUAUGCAUAUAAAUUGGACACAUUUUUUAGUUAUAUAUUUUUUUCAAUAAAAUAUUUAACUCGAUUCAAUCUCUAAGAUUAUAAGACCUCUAAGAUAUUUUCAAAAAGAUAAAGCACCAAACAAUAUCAUAGUGCCACAUAAAAUUGCAUAUAAUUUAAUCACAAAAGAAAAAAAUAAUAAUGAUACUUAUCCAAACUUUAACCUUUUUUGUUUUUAAUUUUUAAUUUUUAACUUUUUAUCAAUGUUUGUUUGGAAUGGAUAGCUCCAAGACCUUCAAACUGUUGUAACAACUUUUAUUUACAAAAUUAAUUGUCAAAAUCGUCGAGAAAUUUCCAAGAAAAGAUAGAAAAAAAAAAAAAAUCCCAUUCCAUAAAAAAUUCAAGGGCGCCACAGAGCAGAAGAAAAAAAAUAAAAUAGGCGGACCCACAAAAUGUAAAAUCAGUGGGUCCAGUCGACAAGUCAUCACCAACCGUCCGGCUGCUGGCCAAUAAACACUGAACCGGGUUCGGUCAAAAAUGGAUUCUUUAUUUUGAAUAAUUUAAAUUAUUUAUUAUUAUUAUUAUUAUUUUUUUAAAAAAAGUCUAAAAGGCGUUCGCAGACAAAGCCAUAACCGUUAUUUCGGUGCCUGCGGUCUUCUUCUUCUUCUUCUUCUUCACCGAAUUCUCUCUCUCUCUCUCUCUCUCUCUCUCUCUCUCUCUCUCUCUCGCUAUCUUUCUUUCUCUCUCUAAAACACUUAAAUAGGGUUUUACACUGGUUGUUCUUCAAUCUUCCAGUUUCGGUGGCUGUAUUUGUGUGUGUGUUGUGUUUUCUUCUUCUCAAUAUCUUUUGCUUUUUCAGAUGAAGCGAAGCUCCAAGUACAGUCCUGAGCGGAGUUGGGCUGAACUGUGUUGUUUGGAUUGCUCGUUCAUACAGCUCUUCUGGCCCAGAGCGGUGAUGCGCAAAUGGUUCAAUAUUAGUGCCAAGGACUCAGAUUACAGUGCUGACACCGACGACGAAGACGAAGCAGAUGAUGCUGAUUCAGAUACAGAGGAAUUUGCUCAAUCGGGAAGGAAAUCACGGUUUAGAGAUGAAGUUGUAGAAGAUGAUGCUUGGGUUGAUCCUAAUGAUGCUCUUCCGAGGAUGCGAAGACGAAAAUCAGAAACUUUUAGGGCACAGUACAUAAACACAAAGGAGCUCAGAGUAUGCGUUGGGACAUGGAAUGUUGGAGGAAAGAUUCCACCUGACGACUUAGAUAUUGAUGAUUGGCUAGAUAUAAAUGAGCCGGCUGACAUUUAUGUACUAGGUCUUCAGGAGAUUGUGCCGUUAAAUGCUGGGAAUAUUUUUGGUGCUGAAGAUAGCCGCCCAGUUAGUAAGUGGGAAAGUAUUAUCCGUGAAGCACUUAAUAGGGUUCGACCUAGAGGAUUCAAGAUUAAAUCCUUCAGUGAUCCUCCUUCUCCAUCAAGAUAUAAGCCCUCUCAUGAUGUGCCAGACAUAGAAGAGGAGAUGCUUGAAAGUGAUAGUGAUGUGGGUGAGGAACUCCAUGAUAUCGGUGAGGAAGUCCAUCCAUUGAAUGAUGAAAUAGACUUCGAUGAAAGCAAGGACAGAAUAGUCGCAUGUGAACAUGGGAACUUAAUUACUGGAAUUUCAAACUGUAAUGAAUGUGAUAAUACAAGCAUGCCAGUAGAACAGAAUUUUCAGAGGCAAUUUUCUUCUACAAGGAGGUUAGAUAGAUUAAAUUGCAUGUGGAAGAGGGAGAUAAAUACAGAAGAAUCAGGUGCUCAGCAAACUGUCAAAUUAACCAAAAUGCUUAGUGGUACUGAAAGAAUUGGUUUAAGCUGGCCGGAGCCUCCAUUAAACUUGCUAUCACAGCAUAUAUUGGAGAGGCCAAGAUCUUUUAAUUCAAUUAAAUCUUUCAAGGUGUCCAAGUCAUUUAAAACAAAUAGUUCUUUCAAGUCAACCUUGAACAAUGUGCCAUCAGAUAUAGCCUUGCUUGCUGAAAUUGACCUUGAAGCUAUCAUGAAGCGGAAAAGAAGAUCAUCGUUUGUAAGGAUAGUAAGCAAGCAGAUGGUUGGUAUUUUUGUCACUAUAUGGGUUCGUAGGAGCUUGCGUAGACAUAUUCAGAAUCUAAACGUGUCUACCGUGGGUGUUGGCGUCAUGGGCUACAUUGGUAACAAGGGAUCAAUAUCGGUCAGCAUGUCUAUAUAUCAGACGCUGUUUUGUUUUAUAUGCACUCACCUGACAGCAGGUGAAAAACAUGGAGAUGAACUUAAAAGGAAUUCAGAUGUGAAAGAAAUACUUCGGAGGACUCACUUCCAUUCAUUUUCUGGUAUCGGGCUUCCCAAAAGCAUCCAUGACCAUGAAAGAAUUAUCUGGUACGGUGAUCUGAAUUAUCGUCUCAACAUGUCAUAUGAGAACACACGAGAACUUAUCUCAAAGAAGGAAUGGUCCAAACUGCAGGAGAUGGAUCAGCUUGUACGAGAGCUAAAAAAAGGUCGUGCUUUUGAUGGAUGGUCUGAGGGCACUUUAAAAUUUCCUCCAACCUAUAAAUAUGAGCUUAAUUCAGACAAGUAUUAUGGAGAUGAUCCAAGAGCAGGGAGGCGUACCCCAGCAUGGUGCGACCGUGUUCUUUCAUAUGGUAAAGGAAUGAGGCUGCUGAAAUAUCGGAGGGCUGAACUUAAAUUCUCUGAUCAUCGACCUGUGACUGCCACAUACAUGGCUGAGGUCGAGGUGUUUUCUCCUAGGAGGCUACAAAAGGCUCUGACUUUCACAGAUGCAGAGAUUGAGAAUAACGAAAUUGUAACAGAUAUGACCAUUGAAGUUGGGAUGAACCGCUUAUUAUUGGAACAGAUUGGAAGCGCUAAUGGAGAUUAGGACGGAAACUUUUAAGAGGCUGCUGGGUAACAGUUUCCUAAAACUAGUCAAAUUUUGAAACAUAUCUAAUAUAUCAAUUCUUUUGAUAUUGAUUUUUUUUUCCUUUUUUUUUUAAUUUUUUUUUUUUACCACUAGUGUAUAUGUUCAAUUAGGAUGUAAAUGUAUGUAAUAGAGGUUUUUACACAAAGGGCCUUUAGAUGCUAAGUAAAAAGUUGGAUAUGAAUAUGAGAUGCAGAGUAAAGUUGGAUAUGUACAUUUGUUAAAUGGUAAUAAAUGUGUAAUCAGACUUUCUCACUGUAAGCUUUUUCUUUGACCGUAUGGAAACAAGAUUGUUCUACUGCAAGAGUAGAGCCUGUUCUUUU